AUGGUCCUCUCCUCUCCAUCACAGCUCGUCGAUCCUCUCACCUUCAACGUCCUCGGAAUUAACGGCAGUUUUCGGGAAUCAUCGGUCACCGAGUUUUUCAACCCGACAAACACGACUGCGCCCUUCUUCCAAGUCUUUGACUCAGAGUUCCUACAAAUCCUCGGACCCAACGCGACUAUCCGCGCCAUCGCAGCGAACCCCGGAUUCGCAUUCGCGCAUGAAGCACCUAUAUGGGUCCCAGAGACGGACGAGGUGUUCUUUGCGAGUCAAGACGGCGGUGCUCUAGGAUUCAGCGACGUCAACCAUAACAACCAGGUAUCGAAGAUCAGCCUGAGCGAGGUCGCCGCAGCAAUUGAAGCGUCCGAUUCGAGCGUCGCGCCGGUGAAUGUCAGCGUCACGAAAAUAGACCUUCCGGAGGCCGUGCAGAUGACCAACGGUGGGACAGGGCCCUUCUUUGGGCGGCUCGUGUUCGUCAACUCCGGACGAGGGUCCAUCCCACCAUCGCUGGUGUUAGUCGACCCAAGGGACCCCAGCAACACGACCGUGUUGCUCGACAACUUCUUCGGUCGCCAAUUCAACUCACUGAACGACAUCAAGAUACACCCGCGCACGGGCAAAUUCUUCUUCACGGACGUGACCUAUGGUUUCCUGAACCAUUUCCGCCCGCUUCCGUUGUUGCCCAACCAGGUGUAUCGAUUCGAUCCCGACACAGGUUCUGUCCGGGUGGUUGCAGAUGGCUUCGACCGGUGCAACGGGGUCGCAUUCUCACCGGAUGGAAGCGUCGCCUUCGUCACUGAUACCGGACUCAACGGAGGUUUCCUGGGCAACAACCAGACCGCCCCUGCCACAAUCUACGCCUUCGAUGUGGACCCGAGGACAAACGCCUUCGCUAACCGCAGGGUGUUCGCAUACGUGGACACCGGUAUCGCCGAUGGAAUACAACUUGAUGGUGCAGGAAAUGUCUACGCCGGAUGUGGCGAUGGAGCUCAGGCGAGUAACGCACCAGUCAUGUGGGUAGAGAUUCGAGGCACAUUGUAUCCACAGGUUUGGAAUUCGGAAGGCACCCUGCUCGGCAAGUUUUUCCUCGGCACGGUCUCCGCAAAUCUCAUUUUUGCUGGGGAUGGGCGUCUGGUCAUCUUGGCAGAGACUGCAGUAUACUUCGCUAACAUCGCGGCGAAGUUUAACAACGUGUCGUACCCAUAA